UCUUCUAACUUCCUCUCCUGUGACAGGCAGAUAAAUAUUAGAAAAACGAAAGCCCAGAAUGCUAAAGUUGCCAUUCUCACUUCCUCUCACCUCAUAACCUAGGACUGCAUUGAAUAUAGUAAUUGCUGUGGGGCACCGGUCAAGAGAGAAGAUACCAGCUUCUCAGACACUCUGCCCUGUCAGGUGGUGACAGCGAGAUAUGUUUUUACAAGGGCGCCCCAAGUCACAGAAAAUGCCAGGAUGACGCCUCGCUUUUGCCUGGCUGGGGCUCUGAUCCCAGCCAUGGCUUUCCUCUCCUGUCUCAGACCAGAAAGCUGGGAGCCGUGCAUGGAGGUGGUUCCUAACAUUACAUACCAGUGUAUGGGGCAGAAUCUCUCCAAGAUACCUGACAACAUUCCUUCCUCAACCAAGAACCUGGACCUCAGCUUUAACCCCCUGAAUGGCUUAGGCAGCCAAAGCUUCUCCAGUUUUCCAGAUCUGCAGGUGCUGGAUUUAUCCAGGUGUGAAAUUCAGAUGAUUGAAGAUGGUGCAUAUCAGGGCUUAAGUCAACUCUCUACCUUGAUAUUGACAGGAAACCCUAUCCGGAGUUUAGCCUUGGGAGCCUUUUCUGGGUUAUCAAGUUUAAAGAAGCUUGUGGCUGUAGAGACAAACCUGCUCUCUCUAGAGAACCUCCCUAUUGGGCAUCUCAUAACCUUGAAGGAACUCAGUGUAGCUCACAAUCUUAUCCAUUCCUUCAAGUUACCUGAAUAUUUUUCUAAUCUGACCAAACUGGAACACUUAGACCUUUCCAAUAACAAGAUUCAAGUUAUUCAUCAUAAAGACUUGCACGUUCUACGUGGAAAGCCCCUACACAACCUCUCUUUAGAUCUGUCCCUUAACCCAAUAGAUUUUAUUCAACCUGGUUCCUUUAAAGAAAUAAGGCUCCAUAAACUGACUUUGAGAAGUAAUUUUAAUAGCACGAAUGUAAUGAAAACUUGUAUUCAAGGUUUGGCUGGUUUAGAAGUCCAUCAGUUAGUUUUGGGAGAAUUUAAAAAUGAAAGGAACCUGGCAAGUUUUGACAAUUCUGCCUUGGAGGGAUUGUGCAGUGUGACCAUUGAAGAAUUCCGGUUAGCAUAUUUAGAUAACUUUUCAGGUGAUAUUGAUAACUUAUUUCAUUGUUUAGAAAAUGUUUCUGCAAUGUCUCUGGUGAGUUUAUAUAUUGAAAACCUUGAAGGACUUUCUAAAGAUUUCAAAUGGCAAACCUUAGAGCUAGUUAGGUGUAAAUGUCAACAUUUUUUCCAUUUGGCUCUCCCCUUUCUCAAAAAGAUGAUUUUUACUGACAACAGAGAUGUAAACAACAUGCCAAAAUUUCGAGUACCAAGCCUUGAGUUUCUUGAUCUCAGUGGAAAUGGCUUGAGUUUCAAGCAUUGCUGUUCUCAUACUGAUUUGGGGACAACCAGACUGAAGCAUUUAGAUCUGAGCUUCAAUGGUGUUAUUACCAUGAAUUCAAACUUCCUGGGUUUAGAAGAGCUGCUAUAUCUGGAUUUUCAGCAUUGCAAUUUGAAACAGACCAGUGAAUUUUCAGUAUUUUUAUCUCUUAACAAACUGGUUUACCUUGACAUUUCUUAUACUCAAAUCCGAAUUGCCUUUGAUGGCAUCUUUGAUGGCUUGAUCAGUCUCAAAACAUUAAAAAUGGCUGGCAAUUCUUUCAAGGGCAACAUGCUUUCAAAUAUCUUCAAAAACAUGACUAACUUGACUUUCCUGGACCUUUCUGACUGUCAGCUGGAAUAUGUAUCCCAGGGAGCAUUUGAUCAACUUCCUAGACUUCAGAUCCUAAAUAUGAGUCACAACCAAAUUGUAUUAUUAGAUACACUUCCUUAUGAACCUCUCCACGCCCUCCAAGUUCUAGAUUGUAGUUUCAAUCGUAUAGAAGGUUCCAUAGGGCAAGAACUACAUGUUCCAAGUAAUCUAUCUGCCUUAAAUCUUACUAAGAAUGACUUUGCUUGUAUUUGUAAGUACCAGAAUUUCCUGCAGUGGGUCAAGGACCAGAGGCAGCUGUUGGUGGAAGUUGAGCAAAUGGUAUGUGUAGCACCUUCAGUUAUGCAGGGCAUGCCAGUGCUGACAUUUAGAAAUUCCACCUGUCAAUUGAGCAAGACCAUCAUUAGUGUGUCCGUGCUCAGUGUGCUUGUGGUGUCCAUUAUAGUAGUUCUAGUCUAUAAGUUCUAUUUUCACCUGAUGCUUCUGGCUGGCUGUAAAACAUAUGGCAGAGGUGAAAGUACCUAUGAUGCCUUUGUUAUCUACUCGAGCCAUGACGAGGACUGGGUCAGAAAUGAGUUGGUGAAGAAUUUAGAAGAAGGGGUGCCCCCCUUUAAGCUCUGCCUUCACUACAGAGACUUUAUUCCUGGUGUGGCCAUUGCUGCCAACAUCAUCCAGGAAGGCUUCCACAAAAGCCGGAAGGUUAUUGUUGUGGUGUCUCAGCACUUUAUCCAGAGUCGCUGGUGUAUCUUUGAAUAUGAGAUUGCUCAGACCUGGCAGUUUCUAAGCAGCAGGGCUGGCAUCAUCUUCAUUGUGCUGCAGAAGCUGGAGAAGUCCCUGCUGCGACAGCAGGUAGAGCUGUAUCGUCUUCUCAGCAGGAACACUUACCUGGAGUGGGAGGACAGUGUCCUGGGGCGACACAUCUUUUGGAGAAGACUCAGAAAAGCUCUGCUGGAUGGAAAACCAUGGAAUCCAGAAGAAACAGUGGAUGCAGAAAACAACCAGCAAGAAGCAACAACUUCUACCUGAGUUGGAAAAAUAUCUUGAGUCAUGCCCACCCAAAUCCAACAUUCAUUCUGUCAACAAGUGUUACAUGCUGCAGGAUGCCAGACAAGUGAUUCAGCAGUGCACAAGAUGUACAGGACUGGGAAUCUCAUGGUGCUUACAGUGCCGAGGGGAUAAAUAUUGUGCAAAAGUUCAGAACUUUCAGGUAUUUGUUUUAACCAACCCAGUCAAAACUGAGAAAAUCAAUUGAAUGAGAACUAAGAGACUGAGUCUCAGUGAAAGCAGAAAGGGACAUUGCUCUUCAAAAGACUUCCCUAAGUCUUUUUAAUGGAAGCAGCACUGUGUAUUACAUUUUAAUCAGCUUAGAAGAGUUUUGGUAAUUUCACCAAAAUGGAUGCUUGCUCACUUUUCCCUUUUCUAUUGAAUACAAUUUAAGUUCUAGUUGAUGACUCAGAUGGCUUCUGAUUCAGGAUCCCCCUUUCAUUAGUCUUAUAAUUUCCUUAGUCUUAUAACUAAUUUAUAAGAAAACCUGAUUAGAACAUGCUCACUAACAUCCUGGUUGUUCCUUACUAUGUUCUAUUUAUUAAAAAAGAAUUCUUAAUAUAUAUUUUAUUUUUAUAAAUUCAGUUCUCAUUUUUAAUGUCUUGUCUAUGAAUUCACAUCAUAAAUAAACCUGAGACAUGCUGGAAAUAUUCAUAUUUAAAUGGUAUUGUUCAGACAAGUAUGGAAAAUAUACUCUGUCACUUUGUCACUUGAUGACAUUCUUAAAUUAUUACCUACUAAGUUAUGACUGUCAUGGAGGCAGUAUUAAAAUAAUCUGGUUGAGAGGGGCAUGUUUUUUAAUCAGGGGGAGAAGAGUUCAACUUCCUGGUUUUACAAGGAGCAAUUUGCAGUAGAGGCAGAAAGAGAAGUGGGAUAACUUCAGUAGGUUGUCUUCUUAAACAUGCAUUUGCAGAAGAUGCUACUUCUCAAGAUGAUUGUUGUUUAAUGGAAUGUUAGAUCCCUGCAGAGAGACAGAGUGCUGGGAUUCUUUCCCUGGCCCUACCCCCUUCCCUGACCCAUUGUCAAUCUGCUUGUGAAAUGAUUGAAGGUGACGGAGUAGACCUUGCUGCUUCCUGUUGGGUAUCACUUCCUGACCACAUUUAGGAAAGAGUAGAUCUUAUCAUUGAGAAAACAACAUGUAAUGUGGUUCAUGGUAAGGGGAGUUUCCAAAAAAGCAUACAAACUCUGUUUCCCUAGAAAUGGUAACAGGGAUGAAUCUUAUAGAAAUUAUAUAUAUAUAAUAUAUAUGACAUAUAUAUUAUAUAUAUAUAUAUAUAUAUAUUCAUAUCAAUGAAACCCCCAAAAUGAAUAAAAGGAGGGGGAAUUUAAAAUAGAAAAUAUGGAAAUUCCUUAAAGAAAAUAAAAAAUAGUCCAGGCAUGGUGGGAUAUCCCUGUAACCCUAGGAUUCAGAAGGCUGAGGUAGGAUGAUUGUGAGUUUGAGAUCAGUCUAGGCUGCAUAGUAAGACCCAGUCUCAAAAACAGUUUUCCAGAAUAGAACUACUAUAUGAUCUAGCAAUCCCACUCUGAGUUUGUACCCAAAAACUUUAGAAUUGCAAAAAGAUGUCUGUAUUUCUAUGUUCAUUGCAGCAAUAUGUAUAAUACCCAAGUUAGGGAAACAACUUAAAUGCCCAUUGACAGAUAAAUGGACAAAGAUGAUGUGACAUUUAUAUACAUUUUGAAUAUUACUCAGUUUUUAAAAAGAAGGAAAUCCUGCCAUUUGUGACAACAUGGAUAAACUUCAACACUCUUAUGCUUCAUGAAAUGAGCCAGUCACAGGAGGAAUAGAAAAUUUGGAAAUUGCAGAUGAGGUGAUCAAGGAGGGGAAGAAGUGACAUGUGGAGAAACAGAAGAGGAAGAAAACAUAGUCAUUAGGCCUAGGAUGGCCUCUUUGCCAUCAUUUAAAUGCUCUGGAUAUAAGUGAAAUGUAGGGCAAAACAAACAAACAAUAGAAAGCCUUAAAUUUGUGUAAUACCCUACAACUUGGAACAUAUUCACACAAUUAUAAUAUCAUGUUAGCCAGAAGCAGCAGAUCAACUGUUAAUUUCUCCAUUUUACUGUGUGAAACCUCAAGUUCAAUGAAGUAAAGUUACUUUCAAUUGUUCACAGACUAAGCAAGUGGCAAGGCUUGAAGUUGGGCCUCUUGCACACUAAGGAAAAUACUUUUCCAUUCCACCCCAUUGCUUCAUGCUUCAAGUUGGCAAAACAAGAAGUGAAACUCUUGCAGUUCUCUGUGUGGUUGACACUAGUUAGGGUUUUUCAACUUAAACCAUGAAUCAUUAAACAAAUACAUAUGCAUGUACAUAUUAUACACUGAAUGAUUUAUUUAUAACAUAUCUCUUUCCAUAAAGGAUUCAAGGAAGCUUCAAAUGAGGUAAAUAUGAGCAAUAAGGUUAACCAAUUAGAAGUGGAAAAUCUGGACAAAGAAGAGAAUGAGGAAAUAAGUUUUAGCGGAGUGUUUGCCAGUUUUAACUCCAGAGAGACUCUGGUAUUUUGGAUGGUGUGGCUGUUGAAUUCCAUAACUCAGAUUCACAGCUUACCAGCCCUGUGUACUGGUCUUCACUUCUCUGAGGGACUCGUUGCACUAAAUAUAAAAUGAGAGUAGGAUUAUUGGUGUAUAAGGUUAUUACAAAAAUCAAAGGUAGUAUUAUUUUUAACACAAAAGGCACUAUUCUUAGUGAUAUGUAUUCCUCUUGAUAAAAGAAGAGAAGCAUUGAAUGUUCAGGUUUCUCAAUGACAUCAUUUUUGUAAUUGCUCUUUUGCCAGCCUACCUGCCCGCAGGAGUUACUAUGACUAUAACUAGGCAGUUGCUUUUUGAUUUGGCUUCCAUUUACAGGUUGUCAAAUACAAACUUUCUUCUAGCAUUUCUAGAAAUCACUGCAGGUUAUGAGCCCUGCCCCCCAAAAAAAACCUCAUAAACUCCCUGGGUGUUCUGUGGAGCUGACAGUCAUAUCUGUUUAGUUUCUGCUUUCCCAGUGCUGAGCACCGUGCCUGACACACAGGCAACACUUGUUUGUUUGAGUAAUAGAUUAGCAAGAGCAGCACCAUCUCUGCAGGUAAUGUUGUCCUCUGUGCCUCCCAGCUAAUGUUCCAAGUCCCAGAUCAUUGUUCUCAACUUCACAUUCAGUUUCCAGGACUCUGAAGGUGGGUGACUUUCCCCUGUUCAUAAUGUGUACUAUGUUCUCAACAACUUCCUCCACUUUUUCCUUGACUCCCAAGUAUUCCAACACUUUGCAGAAGUGGGGAGAGGACUUCUCUUGCAAGAGUUAUCCUUAAUGGCUAUGGUAAGAACACUCUACUGUUUUAUGUAUGAUAUCUGAUUUAUAGUCUCAUGCCAUGCCAACUUGAUGACACUAAUAAUAUCACAUUUGGAAAGUAAGGUUCCAAUAUUUUCAGUAACAUAGCCAAAGUCACACUGGUACUAAAUGAUGGAGUUUGGAAUUAAGUCUAGUCUCAGACAUUAAAAGCCAGUUAGCUACACCACAUUGUUUCUGUAAUGCCUUCUUUCUGUUUUGUAGAGACUUGAAAGCUACCACUCUUUAUAUUUAUUUCCUCUUUGCUAAGACCAGGACCCAAAACUAGAACCCAGAUGUUAAGUUUGAACCAGAAGAUGGGUGUUAGACUGAAGUAGGAGUUGAGUAACAGAAUAUACAGUACUUGAAAUCAGCCAUUUCCUCUGUUAAUAUGGACUUAACCUCGACACUUCAGCUUUCUUUUCCAAUGUAAUAAAUUCUUUUUCACGAGGCUCCCACUUACACAAAAUGGACCAUAUUUGUCCAUCCAAAUGGAUUUUCUGAUAGGUCCAGCUCUUCUGUAUUUAUAGUAAUUUCCCAACAUUUUCACUUGGGGAUUUCUUCUGCCACAUGGUUUUAAAUAAGAAUGCCUUUUUCAUUGCCUUCAUUACAUGACAGAAAUGUGUCUUUGGAAAUCAAUUCAAUGAGGAGAUAAAUGUGGUACAGUCUGAGAAUAUCGACUAACAAUUCACAUUAAUACAAGGUUUAAAAAUUGGACAGACUGAAGUAGGAGCAGGAUGGUCUUGUGGGCUGAGUUCCCUGCUGUCUAAAUUUGACUAAAUUAGAGUAUCCAAAUAAUUGUAAGUCUGAGACUUAGAAAUUCAGCUUAGUACGUACAAUGCUAAUUAUCUAUUUUGCUAAUUGAAGAAGAACACAGAUGCUUUGAAAAUCAGGAGUGGCUGUAAAUCUUGACUCUAAAUUCCCAACAUGAGCUAUUCUAAUUGUCGUUACUAAAUAUAGGCAGUAAAAUAUUUUUUUAAUGAUACAGAGGCUUCCAUUAUAUAGCUCCACUCCAGCAAAUGCAGAGUAGAUUUGGAUUUGAGUUCUGUUCUGCCACAUCUUCACAAAUACAACUUUGGAAAAGUUUCUUAAUCUGUUUACUUUUAGUUUGUUUAUCUGAAUACUGAAAGUCCUAAGCAUUUCCAGUAUGUUAAGAGUGUUAUAAAGAUAAAACAGAGUGGUGAGGAGACACAGCACUGCUCUGAAUUUACCUUCUUAAAGGGGGUGUUAUGAGAAUAGGAAAAAUAACCAUCCCUCAGCCUACCUAGUACUCCCUAGUACCUCCCUACCACACCUAGCACCCUGUUAAUUUAUAAUGAAGUAGAAUUCUGGUGCAGUGCAAACAUCCCAGAGGGUGGAAACUGAGACCUGGUCUAGGUUCUGCACUUAACCUGUUUCAUCACAAGCAAGUCAUUCAAGUGCUUUGAGGCUCAGGUUUUAAUACAUAAAAUGGGUAAUAAUACCUUCUUGGCAGACUUUACUUAGUUAUAAUUCUAAUAGUAUCAGUACUUACAGUUAAUUUAUCAAUCAAUUUGCGAAAAGGAUUUUUGGGGAAUCAUAUUCAUUUAUUUUUGCCUCAUCAAUGAAUUAGGAGGAUACUAAAAUAUUUCCAGUUUACAGAUGAGGAGUUGGAAGCUUGGAGACCCCUCUCCAACACUCUGUGUUAUGUCCAACAUUACCUGCUAAUAAACAGUAGUACUGAGGCUAGGUUAUCAGUGCACUCUACUUAGCACCAGGAAUUCAAAACAUUGCAUAACACCAGGAGGUCUGCUCCACACCUCCUAUCUCACCAUUAUAAUUUUGGCUGAUAUUAACCAAACAAAAUUAUUAGUACUGUUAUCUACUUUAUUAGUGUUACAGAAAUAAAAGCCCCAGAAAUAUGCAGUGAAAAUGCACAUUACCAAAGAUCUUUAACAAUGGCACAUCAGGCCCAGUACAUGGACAUGAUGAUCUUUCUUUAAACAACAUACACUGCUCUAUCAUGUCGCUAGCUGGUCUGACUUCCUGAUGGGGAUCACAGACUUGUGAUUAAAUAAGAGGUUAUGGGGGAAGUUCCAAAAGCUGAGGACUUUCUAGAUGGUGAGAAUAGGAUUACACAUCCUAGGAUGCCAUUAUGGUAAUCAUUGAACUUUUCAGCUUAAAGUGAAAUUUGUGAAGUGGUUGACCAAAUGGAAUUAAAUACAUUGAGCACCGGCUGCUGCUCUUAUGUGAGUUCGGAACACUCUCUUCGUUUUAGCAAUGAGGAAAUGAAUGCUCAGAGAGGAUGGGUAACUUGUCUUAGGUCACACAGCUUACAAUGUGCUAAUCACAAUAACAGCUAAUAUUUUGUAAGCUUUUGGCACAUGCCUGGGAACUUGUGUACUGAUUCACUUAAUUGUUUAAAUGACCUGAUGCAAGUAUUGGUAGCUUUGCCAUUCUGUAGGUAAGAAAACUGAGGGCAAAAGGGUGGAUUGUCUAAUUGGAAGGAGCAGAAUCCAAGUUGGCCUGAUUCCCAAGAUGGCAUAUUUUGUACCACAAAACAACCCGCUGUGGUGUUCUGGGCUGUUCAGCAAGGGAUAGUCAAAGGAGUGUUUGAAGAAUAAUUUGUAUAAGGUCAAUAACUCCCAUACCAUCUAGAAAUUGAAAGUUUAAAAGGCAGAGUGUUCAACUUUCCUUGAUUUCUACAGAAAUAGAGAUGAUCCCUCCUGUGACAAUGCUAAGUGAUGAUUCUGAGUAUAAAUGUGCUUUUUGGCACAAACUGUCCUGUCCUAAUAGUCUUGAUUAUAAUUAUAAAAUAAUGGGUUUCUGAAAGGCUGCAAGCAGUUCUAGGAAUGACAAUAAAGGUUUAGAAACAACAUGGUGUUUAUGUGAGAAGUGUUUUGUUGAAAAUUAAACCCGUGUUUAGUAGAAAGGAUCGUGUUGUGUGCACCUAAGAAACUAUCUCAUCAUGUAAUUAAAUCAUAGCCAGCCAGUUGCCAAUUUGAGCUCUUGUCUCACACUAACAACACCCUAUCUCCCAUGUGGUAAGAAAGACAAGACUGACCUGAAAUAACCCAUCCUGACUCUUACUUACAGGCUCCCCAAAACCUUCCCCUAUCUUCCCAGGACCCUGGGAUGAGAUGUUGUGUGACCUGUCUUCUUCCUGAAACUCAACCUUGUCUGGAUAUUCUCUUUCCAUAGAAAAGAAUGAACUUUUUCUGCUUAGGGGAUUUCCUAAACUGAAAAGCAGGGGAAAGCACUAUAUGAAAUAAGUUUAAUGAAUUGUAAGAAGCUGCCUUGAUUUCAUUUCUUAGAAGGGUAACAAACAUCUCUCUUCAAAUAUUAGGCAAGACUGUUCUGUUCUAACAUCUUGAAGUUAGAUUAAGCUACUUAGUUUAAGUUGUUUUAUUGUGUUUCUUACUCUGUCUUAUCUGUCCUUUUUUUUCUCCCACCCUUUACUUGUAUUCUGUUUUUACCACCAACUUCAGGCAGCUUACAACUGAGAUCCUUUCAAUAGAACUAUUAAAAAUAGAAAUAUUUCAAGAUGAUAAAGUUUACCAGGCCCCAAAUGCUGACUUUCAAAAAAGGCUGGGCUUAAAAAUCACUUGAUGAUUUUGAUUCUAUCAUAUGUUUGUCUGUCUGUCUCUAUCUAGCUAUCUUUGUGAUGUUUCUUGCUAGAAAUUUUGAUGCAAAAUCAGUGUUUUUGCUUAAGGAUUGUAUAUUUUAAAUUGUUUUCCAAGUAAUUUUUAUGUACAGACAGAUAUGGGAAUGACUAUUUUAGUCAAAAAUGAAGCAAAAUCCUCCAUGGUUACUGGUUUUUGUUCUUGAGAUUUAUUAUUAAGAUUCAUGACAACCAAAGCAAGGUCAACAUGAUGGAAUAUAUGAUCAUUCUUGUUAAAGAAAAGUAUCUUUCUGAGCAAAUAAUUUCCCUUUCUUUACACUGAACGGUUGAUUCUUCUCUAUCCUAACAUUCCAGACUCAUUGGGAUGAGUCCUUUUGUUUGGACUUGGCUUCUUGUAUCCACUUAGAUGUUAUAAUCUGAUAAUUACUUGUCUCUUCUAGUUUCUACCUUGUAUGUUGUCAAUUUUUCUUCUUCAAUCCCCUGAGUAGCUGAGAUCUACCAUAAACUUAUACCAGAAAAAUAUCACUAUUUGCCCUGUACUCUCUGAAGCAUCUGUUGCCAAUUUUAUUUUUCUUGCUUUUCAAUCCAAAAUAAAUCAAAGUUUAAAUUAGCUUCCAUUUGCAAACUGAGUAUUCUGCUUGUCAUUGAUUAUGAGGAUUCAAAAAAAAGUGCCAUUCUCUGGAAAACUCAUGCUAUCCUGUGCAGACUUGCUAGAUAAUUGUCAGUCUUCCCAGGAAUCCCUUUUACAUUACCGUUGGCAGAAAAAUGUGGCAGUGAGCACUGAUGGUUAAAAUUCAGUAGUUUUGGACUUUAAGUUUGUAACCCUGAGUCUUGUAGCAGAGUCUAUUGUUCCCCAGUAGGAAAUACCUGCUGUAGAAACUUCCUACUCGCAAAGAAUAUUUUGAAAUUAAUGGCAGGGAUGAGUCUCUGCUAGUGUUAUGUUCAGUUCCUGUUUAAUCCUGCUGAGUCUUUUCUUCACAUCGGUCUUCAGCUGCAUUGGCUGUUUCUGAUCCAGACUUGAGAGACCAAUACUGUUAAGUGCAGGGCACAUCCCAGCAAUCAUAUGAAUAUUAAUUGCUGAGAUCAAGGAAGUAAGCAGAGGUGAAGUUGUGGGGUUCAAGGUACAGGUCUGCCAUAGGGCAUCCUUCCUGGAAUCAAGUAUCUCAUCUACAAAAUGUGAUACUGAAGUAAGAUCACUGUUUCCUGGGCUGUGCUGUGUUGGUAAAUGCGAUGACUUUGUGUAGUUGACAGUUGAGUGUAUUACCUUUAAUGUUUUUAUUUUCAUGGUUAGUUCUAUUUGUUAAGUUUUUAUCGAUAGGAAUCAAGUACCUAUUUUAAAAUGUAUUUACAUUUACAAUAAAAGCCUAUGAAGGGAAAAAGAAAACAGAGAACAAAAUGAAUUAUAUAAGAGAUGCAGAUGUGGAAAAAGUUUGAAGGUGCCAUAAGAAUUAUCAACUGGAAUGCAAUGAGUCAAAUAGCCAAUGAAUGUUGGGUCACCUCUCUGACAUUCUCGAUGUUCACUUCUCCAGGACUAUUUCAUUUGUAUAAAGUGCCAGGAUUGGAGUAAAUGUCCUUUCUAUCAAUUCUCUUCUAUGGUUAGAGGAGUAACUCCAUCAUGCAGAUGUCUGGCAUCCUUAAUAUGUGUUCAUAGCAUUUUAAACCUCAUGAUACUAUGCACAAAUAGGAGACUCAUUAAUCAAAUAUUGGCUUACAUGUAUUAAUAAUUUUCCCACUUUCUCUAAUUUCUGGAAAAGAUUCAACUUCAACUUACUUGAGCAGCAUGUGAAAAACUAUGGAAACAGUAGUUAAAGUGAUUGUAUGGCUGGUGCCAUCACUGACAGGCAUUUAACAAAGUCAAGUCCAUGGGUCCCAUUGUCGCAUGGUCUCCAUGUCUUUGUCUGUCAGAUGGGAAUGUCUAACAGCCAUUUCGCUGUCAGCUUUGAGAAUUAAAUUGGACAGGGAAUUCAAGAUAAAUUAGGGGAAUGCUAUCUAAAUAUAAGGAGUUAUUAUCAGACUGGGUUGAAAACCCCUUGCCCAUUGUAUUAUCCUGAGAAUCGCUUCCAUCUUUCCUGUGUAUGUGAAACACUUUUGAGUUAAUUUUAUAUGUCAUUUUUACAAGAUUCUCCUAUACUUUAGCAAUUUGUAUACUUGGCCAUUUUGAAUAAUAUUAAGAAAAUCGUAUUGAGAAAAAUACAAUUUUUCCGAAAUUUUCGGAAAAAUAUUUUCCGAAAUCCAAGCACUUAUUGCAAUUAUCCUUCUUAUUUCACACACUUGGCAUUUAACGUGAUAUCUCACAGGCUCCUACACUGCUAGCUAUGGAACCAUCAUUUGACCCCUGUGCCUCUCACCAUCUGUGAAUUCUCAUCAGCUCAGAGUAAACUUUGCAUUAAUUUCAAAAUCAGAGACUGGUGGAGGAAAAAAGAACCAGAGAGACCAAAGACCUCUGAUUCCUCUUUCCUCUGCUUUCUUUCUUAAAAUGCCAUCCAUGUUUGUCCCUUAUAUCAUUUUGGGACUGCUAUCACCCCUCCUCCAUAUGCCACUGCAAACAGCUAUAGAAAAUACACUCAGAGGCUAGGCUGCUAGAAUUCAAAUACACUUCCUCCCUGAAGCAGCAAGGUCAAUCCACUCCCUUCCUAAACUGUGGCAUCUGACUCUAAGUCAUUCUUCAUCUUUGCCUGCUUCACUCUUCUGUUUCUUCCCUACAGUCUAUAUUGGCUCCCAAAACAGUUCCAAGGAAAUCUUCUAAAUAUCCAAAGCUCAAUUCUAUCACCAUUCUAACCUGUGUACAUGUCACCAUCAUAUCCUUCCCUUCCUUUGCACUUUCUUGUUGGGCACUAUGUUGAUUCUUGCUUAUCUCUCUCUCUCUCUCUUUCUAUCUCUCUCUCUUUUUCCAUCUCUCUCCCCACUUUUGAGAAUCAGACAGAUCUGUGUUCUGAUCCAAAGUCUUACAGUAUCUGUCUUGUUUUCUUCAGCUGUAAAAUGGGGAUAAUAAUAUCUGCCUCUCAGAUAUUUUGACAGUUCAAUUCACUGAAGUAAAGUUCUCUUGUUCUUUUUUCUCCUGGAAAGUUUCCUCAUUUCACUCAUUCGACUGUCUAAUAUAUAGAGGAGCCACUUUGUUUGUAUCACACUAAGAUAAUAUAAAGAGGCAGAGAUAAACAGUGUCCCCAAAGUCCUUGUGGAAUUCAGAUUCAUUUUGGCAAGGAAUAUACACACACUUUAUGCCGACAUGUAGGAGUAGGGGCAAACAGAGAGAAGGCUUUACAGAGGAUGUGCCAAACAUUUUAAAGGAAUAGUACUACAGUUAGAUAAUAAAAGGGAAUUUCCAAAGAAUAGCAUGAAUAAAAAGGAUAAAUGUGAGAAAUAGCAAUUUGAAGAGCAUGUCCAUAGCCUAGAAUGAAAGAAAGAGAUAAUAUAGCUGAAAUAAUUAAUUGUGUAGAUGUUAAUAUUUAAUGGAAUCAACUGACUCUGACAAAGGCACUCAUGGCAACUGUGUGUUAAUUUGUGAAUUAGUAAAUGAAGGAUAGUAUAUCAAGUGAGUGCUUAUAUGAAGUGCUUAGCACUGUGCUAGGUACUAAGCAUUCAGUCAAGAAUACUAAUUCUUUUGUUAUGAGAUGGGAUGAUGUAAGCAGAAGAUAAUUUCUUAGCACUAAUUCUACUAGCUUUUUGGUUCCUAAGGUUUAGAAGGCCCAAGUUCUUGUCCUAGUCUUGAUAUGAACUUGUUGUGUAACCCAGAGGAAAUUAUAACUCAGGCUUAAAGUAAUAUGACUAAUUUGUUUUGCUUUAAACUCUUUCUGGGAAUUGAAAUGACUCCACCUUUUCAAAAAAAUAAGCAAGUGUCUUCAAAUGUUUCAACAUAAGAGCUGCAGAAUCACUGUUGCAAAGCAAACAUCUCAUUGGCUGUAAAGUUAUUGGCAGUUGUGUAACAGGAUUAUGUAAUUUGUCCUUCCCCUCUUUUUAUUCCAAAAUGUCAAAGAUUUAUGACAUGGCCACUUCUGCUUACCCAGAGUAGACAAUCCAGUUAAGUAGAAAUUAGCAGCUAUGACUCCAGCAAGCAGACGAUAUCCUUUGAAUGCAAAGUACUACAUCAGAUGUGAAAAAGGACCAAAGAGAAGAGAACAACUGCCUCCUACCGAAAGGACAUUCCAGUUAAUCUGCAGACACAAUGUGAAACCCCAGAAAAUAAAAUAUUCCAAAGAAUUCUGUAUGACAGGAACACUGUACAACAAACUUUAGCUGGCCUCCCCUGUCUCUGUCACUUAGCCUCUUGUUCUGCCUAUGUCUUGUGGAUAGUAAGAGGAAGACCGUGGAUCUGAGCCAGAUCUGCCUGGUCCUACUUCAUGAUACUAACUAGGUUUAAGGGAGACACCAGGAAAGUAUCAUUGGGUGGCAGAAAUAGAAAUAAAAUGAUAUACUAUUACUGAUAAUAAUAGGAAAGGAUCACAGUCCAGGCUGGCCUAGGCAUAAAGUGAGACCCUAUUUCAAAAUUAACCAAAGCAAAAAUGGCUG